GCAGCCUCACUUUUUUUUUUUUUUUUUGGAUAAUUUUUAUUUAUUCAACUAUUUGUUUUCUUUACACAGGUUAUGGAGGUGCUGCUGCUGGGGCCCAGAAAGCUAACAAAGGUUACGGUCCUGCUGCUGGUGCGCUUGGUGGAAAUGGAGCUAGUCCAAAUGGUCAUGGUGCUGGACGUAAAGGACUUGCCAAUAAAGGUUAUGGAUAUGGAGCACCAAAUGGUGGAAUACCGAAAGGAAACAAUGGUAUGGGGGGUGCUGGAGGUAAACCCAUGAAAGGAUAUGGCCGACCAUACUAUGGAGCAGGUGUUGGUGCAGGGAUUGGACUAUCCCAAGGUCAGGGAGUGCCUCAGCUUGCCAGGAACAAGGGCAAAGCAUAUGGAAAUAAUGGCCACAAUGGUUAUGGAGGAUACCCAAUGAGUGGUUACAACGGUGGUUAUGGUAAUGCUGGUAUGGGUCUUGGACCUCGGUAUGGAAAUGGAGGAACAAAAGGACCCAAACAAGGAUAUGCUGCAGGAGCGGGUGUGCACAACGGACAUGGAACUCCCAAUGCUUAUGGAUACCCAAGUGGUGGUGCUAACCAGCCUUCCAAACCAGGAUAUGGCAAUGUUCCAAUUGGGAAUGGCGUUAAAGCUAAUGGAUAUGGUGCAACCAGAGGAGGUUAUGGAACUGGAGCUCUUCCUAUUGGCUAUGGAGGCAAACCUAAUGGCUAUGGAGCUGGAGCCGGUGGUGUUAAAGGAUAUGGAGCCAAACCCAAUGGGCCGGGAGUAAGAAAUGGUGCAGCUCUUGGAGGAUCUGGAAGUAAACUAAAUGGGUAUGGAGGACUUGAUGCGGGCUCAAACCCUCCGACCACCAAAGGAGUUGGAGCUGGGUCACCUGGCCAAGGUUGUUAUGGGGGUGCUGGUGGAAUAUCUACUGGACAGAUGCCUAACACAGGUUAUGGCCAGAUUCCGUAUGGAAAGGGUCCAAAGUUACCUGGUGCACCAGACGGAAGAGGUCUUAAAGGUGACGUUUUGUCACCUCCGCAACCAAGGUCAGCACCACAGGAGGGUGCUGCUCCUCAACGGCCAAUUAUAAGAGGUGAUGUGCUUCCUGCGCCUCAGCCUACAAAUGGUGGCCUUGUUCUGGUGACCCAAGACCAGUACCAAAGACUGCCCUCACCUGUGCCACAAGGGAAAAGCUACAAGCAGCUGAUGCCUCAAGGUUUUCCAGAGCAGAUUCCUGCAUUUCCUCAGGGCAAAGAAUCAAAGCUAGGAGGGGAUCCCAACACUGGUUCCGCAUUCCCUGGUCCGCAAGACAAGAGUCUGAAAGCUGCACCACCAGCAGGGUUUCACAACCCGGCGGUAGAGAUGCCCGAAGCUCUUCCUCAAGGUUAUGUGAUUGACAGCACCGGGCCCAAACAAAAAAGUGCAGAGGCAGAUGUGUUUGGGGUGGGCAACAGUGAGGGGGAUGCUGUUCCUCAAGGCAUCACACAAGCUGCUCCUACAAGUUCUGAGAACACCCUCCUUCUUGAAAGAGCACAGAGUGUUGACACCCCCCCAGAGGAGGGAGUCAAGCAUCUAGAGCCUGAGGAAGGACCUGACAAGCUGGGGGUCAAAGGUGUCCAUUCAGGGAAAAUUGGGUCGAUUGAGUAUGGAGGAGCUUCAAACUCUAAAGGGCAGGGAGCUAAAGCAACCAAACCUGACUGUGGCCCAGGAGGUCCAAAUGGGCAGUGGAUGAAAAUACCUAGACCAGGAGCUGGAGCAUCAGCAGGCACAAACACCAAAGGUUACGUAGCAGGAGCUGGUGUUCCUCACAAUAGAUAUGGUGCUAAACCAAACGGUUACGGAGCAGGAGGAUAUACUGGGCCUCGAAAUGGAUAUGCAGCUGGUCUUGGAUAUCCUUUCGGAGGCAAGCCCCAGCAGCCAAUUUACAGACAAGGAGCUUACCUUGGAGGACCUGGCUAUGGAAAAGGAAACUCUUAUGCAGGAAAUGCAGGCCCUGGGGAAGGUGUCAAUUCUAAAGCAGGCUAUCCAAACGGCUAUGGUGCUGGUUUACAGCCUGACUAUGCUAGUCUUGGCUAUGGUAUUCCUACUGCUGAUGCAAAAUCAGGUGGUGGCAUGCAGGUUCCUUAUAAUGGUGCUUCAGCAGUGCCAGCUGGACUAAAUGGAGCUAGUCAGACUGAGCCACAAUUAGCUGGUCUUGGUCCUAAUGGAAAGCAAGGCCCCGUUCAUGGCGGAAUGGAUGGCUUACCUUAUGGCGUUCAGACUGGGAUGGGUGCUGAAAACUCAAACGCCAAGUAUGGUAUUGGUGGACUGCAGUUCGGUGGCAACCCCUUGGCAGGAAAUAAUGGUGGAGGAAAUUAUGGUGGUGCUGGUAUGGGAGGGUUUCCAUAUGGAUACGGUGGCUUUCCCAACCUUCUAGGUUUUGGCAGUAAUGGAAAUAUUGCUGGCAAAUAUGGAUAUGGAAGAAUGCCCCAUGAAGCUCAGCCAGUUGGUUUUGUGCCUCAAGUCCAGUCUCCUGGUGCUGGCAAAUAUAGUCCAGCUGGCUCACCAUAUCAGUCAGGAGCUGUUGGAUUUGCACCAAGUGAAAAUUAUGGGGGCGGUGAUGGUUACUAUGUGCCACAAGGUGCUGAGCUUGGCAGUGAAGGAAAGCCGGCUGGGAAAUACGAUUUUUCUACAGAUAACCAGGGAGUCCCCAUGACGCAGUCUCUUGAAUCAGCAUCUGAAAGUCAAUCUGGUCCACCUUAUGAAGCCCAGCCAGAUACCUCAGCCAAUACUAAUGUGGAAAGUGUUCCAGCACAAGCCGAUAAAGGAAUGGCGACUAAUAAAUAUGAAAAUGUUGGCUAUAUAAGUGGAAGCAAACUGCAGCCUGAAGUUGUUUCGCUACCUGCUGCGCCCACUCCCGGCCCUAUUCUGGAGUCCGCCCUCACACCCGCUGGAACAGAUGACCUCUCUUCUGACCUCACGGGCCCCGGCGGCCUCAUUUAUGAUUCUGCGGGCGUGGGUGACAAGCAGGCUCGCGGUUCAGAGCACCCGGACGACGCAGAGCAGCUGCCACGUCAAAUACACAUCCAGCAGCACCUCAAACUGCAUUUUCACCCUCAAGGGACCAAAGAUGCUAAUCACGAUUUGAAUGGCUUCUUCGGGAACAGUGGCUACAAAGGUUAAUGAUGCCCAGCCUUUCUCUUCCUGUCAUUGUAUGAUAGUUUUUUCAUCACUUGCUGAUUGUAUAUUCUAUUUACUCCUGCCCAUUACUACUGUAUUUACCAUUUUGUAGACACUUUGUUUUUUGUGCAUUUUAUACAUAUAGUUUUAUGCGCCCUGCAAUUUCAAUACAUCCUGCACUUUUGUGUUCAUGCAAACAAAUCAGAAUACUUCUAAUAAUGCAUUAUAAUUUAUUUGGCAUGGUAAAAUUGUAUUACUACCUGUAAGCAUGUGUUUUAUAUAUAUA